AUGACGGUUACCAGGAGAAAUGUCGUGGUGAUCGGUGCCACUGGCUCUCAGGGCGGAUCUGUGGUUACGGAGCUCUUGAAGCACCCGCAUCUAUAUCAUAUCCGGGCCAUCACCCGUGAUCCUUCCAAGCCCAAGGCUCAGCAGCUCGCUGCUCAGGGAGUUGAACUCUGUCGUGCAGACCUGGAGGGUGACAGAGAAGCUCUGACUGCGGCCUUUGCUGGUGCGGAUGUGAUCUAUGCACUGACUGACUUCUGGCAGAAGCAGUCUGCUGCAGCAGAGAUUGAGCAGGGCAAGGCGAUUGUGGAUGCUGCUGCUGGCAUAGCGGCGUUGCAGCACUUCUUCUGGAGCGCUUUGCCAGACCCCGUCGCCUUAUCCGACGGCAAAUAUCUGAAUGUGCAUCACUGGAAGGGUAAGAGCUUGAUUACUGAGUAUAUCCAGACCCAGAAACCGGACCUCUGGGCAAAGACGACUACCAUUCUCUUCCCCAAUUACUUUGAGAACACUUUGACCGAUCCUCAGCGCUACCUGCCCAUCAAAGACGCCAAAGGCACGUACACUCUCAAGUUCCCGCACAGCCCUCAGACGGUUCUGCCUAAUGUGGCAAUUCGUGAUACGGACAAGCUGGUGCAUCUGGUCCUCGAAGCUGGCUCUACCUAUUUCGCCAUGACCAUCGCCUUCUGGGCUCAGGCGUUGUCCGAGGCCGAAAAGCUCGCUGAGAUGGGCUCCUACUAUCACGUUCCCACUCGCUAUCAAACCUCCAGCGCCAGUGAAUUUCAGCAGCUGCUCAUGACUCGUGACGGCAUGUCGGAGGAUAUUGCAUUGGACUUCACUGAGCAGUUGCUGAUUUUCGAAUCCUGCGGAAAUGUCUACGCACGCGAAGAGUUUGUGCAAGCCAAGGAUAUUCCCGGACUGAAUCUUCAGUGCUGGUCGGAGUUCAUUCGCCAGCACAAGCUGUUUUAA